AGCCCCCAAGCCCGACAGCCUCCUCUUGAAAAACCAGUGAGAAAGCUUGGUUUUUCCCUUCUUCUCUUGUCCAAGAACAAGAUUUAGGAGCUUAGAAACCCUCCCUAAAGCAAGGAAUUCCAGAUCUGCUCGGUUUCUCCCCCUCCCUUGUCCGUGAGCUGCAGCUGGUGAUGCGAAAUUCUGGGCUUUUUUCGCUUGCCGCCGGCUUCUUCUCCCCCGCCAGGUCCGGUUCUGCUGGCUGGAAAAUUUUGGUUCUUGAUCGUUCUGUCAGUUUAGCACUGAGAUCGAGUCUUCGGUUUUAUGUGAGUGAGAAAGCGAAACCGAGAACGAGGAAACCACGGGAAGUGACGAGUUAGAAGGCUAGCCAUUUCAAAAUUGAUAUAGAUUUUAGAUAUAAAUCAUGAUCUUGUAAACUAGCGUGUAUUUGGAGAUUUUAUGAUAUCAGAGCAAAUUUUAAGAUU